AUGCAUCAAGUUCUGCAUCCUCCAGUCCCCAGUGCAAUUCCAAUUCAUGAACAACUUAGAGAUGGAUGUAAAAUUGAUGUACACGGCCGAGUAGAACAUGGACAUCAUAAGAAUUUCGCUAUUGAACUCCUAUCAGGACCACAUAUUGUACUUCAUGUGAACUUCCGUUUUCAUCAUGAACAUGUGGUUGUGAUGAACUCGUGCAGUCAUGGUGCAUGGGGACCGGAGGUACGCCACCACAAUCCACUUCACCACAGCGAACACUUCCACCUCCACAUUCAUGUCCACCAUACUCAUUUUGAUAUUGAUGUGAAUGGCCACAAACUUGGUACUUUCCAACACCGUUUCCCGGUAGAAUCAGUUCAGGCGCUAGGAUUGAAGGGUGAUGUUCACGUUGAGAAGAUCCUCUUCUCUGGGUUCCACUUCCAGAAAAACUGGAACGCAACCGUUGACUUUGGUCAUGGCGGUUUUAUUGGAUACGGUACAACGUCUUAUGCCCCACCUGCUUUCUCUGGUGGUAAUCAAUACAACGCUUAUCAUUGA